UGUUCAUAGCCUGUCUCUUUCUCUCCGCUCUGAAAAAUCUAGAGUCCCUUCUUCUCCUUCCUCCUCCUUUUCCAUUUGAUUUCCCUCCACAGAUCUCCAAAAUUCUCUUUCUCCCUAAUUUUCUCUCUCUCCCAAACCCUAAUUUUCUCUCUCUACACACUCUCUAUUUCCCUCUUUCUUUCUGUCCGUCUCAGCAAUCCACACUGAUCGAUUUCUUCGGCCGAUGGUUCUAAAAGCUUCAUGAAUCUUUCCGAUAAGGCGCGCUUCUCCCCUUUCAUGGACCACCGCCACCGCCCUUACCAUGCCUGAGCUGCGACCACGGAGAAACCGGGCUUCCGAUAACCCUGACCCGAACCGAAACCCGCACCCGAUCGUCAAGACCCCGCCCCGGAAGGCGAUUGUACGGACUCGGCAGAACAAGAAGAAUAAUAAUAAUCAGAAGAAGAAACAGAUUAAUAAUCAGAAGGAAAAGAAGGUAGCUAGUGCCGGCAAGCGGAGGAGGGCCGAGGGCGGUCCGGUGAUUGAAAAGAGGUCGUUUAAGGAGGAGGCUGGUGAGAGAGCCAUGGACGAGUACGAUAGCGGCGGCCGCAGUGGCGAUAAGGGUCCCGCAGCUGACGAUGAGGGCGCAGCUCCUAUUCCCGAGAAGGUCCAGGUUGGUGGUUCCCCGGUAUACAAAGUAGAGAAGAAAUUGGGGAAGGGAGGCUUUGGUCAAGUAUAUGUUGGUCGACGCAUGGGGGCCGGCCCUGGAGCUGUUGAGGUUGCUUUGAAAUUUGAGCAUAGAAGUAGCAAAGGAUGUAAUUAUGGUCCACCUUACGAAUGGCAGAUUUACAAUGCACUUGGCGGUAGUCAUGGGGUGCCAAGAGUUCAUUAUAAGGGUCGGCAAGCUGAUUACUAUAUCAUGGUGAUGGAUAUGCUUGGGCCUAGUUUGUGGGAUGUCUGGAAUAACAGCUCGCACACGAUGGCAAUUGAAAUGGUUGCAUGUAUUGCCAUUGAGGGAAUAUCCAUAUUGGAGAAGAUGCACUCUAGAGGUUAUGUACAUGGGGAUGUAAAACCUGAGAACUUUUUGCUUGGCCCCCCUGGAACUGCCGAGGAGAAGAAGCUGUUUCUUGUUGACCUUGGAUUAGCCACCAGGUGGCGAGAUUCAACUGGCCUGCAUGUCGACUAUGAUCAACGUCCAGAUGUUUUCAGGGGAACAGUGCGGUAUGCAAGUGUGCAUGCUCAUCUUGGUAGAACUGGUAGCAGGAGAGAUGACUUGGAAUCUCUAGCUUACACCCUGAUAUUUCUUCUUCGUGGUCGGUUGCCAUGGCAAGGAUAUCAGGGGGAAAAUAAAGGAUUUCUUGUCUGCAAGAAAAAGAUGGCCACUUCCCCAGAAACUUUGUGUUGCCUAUGCCCUCAGCCAUUCCGACAAUUUGUUGAGUAUGUGGUGAAUUUGAAGUUUGACGAAGAACCAAACUAUGCAAAGUAUAUAUCCCUUUUUGAUGGAAUUGUUGGCCCAAACCCAGAUGUCAGGCCAAUAAAUACUGAUGGUGCUCAGAAGCUUAUAUGCCAAGUUGGACAAAAGAGAGCAAGAUUGACCAUGGAUGAAGAGGAUGAUGAGCAACCAAAUAAGAAGAUUCGUAUGGGGAUGCCUGCAAUCCAAUGGAUUAGUGUAUACAAUGCUCGUAGGCCCAUGAAGCAAAGAUAUCACUAUAAUGUUGCAGAUGUGAGGCUCCCCCAGCACAUUGAGAAAGGAAAUGAAGAUGGGUUAUUUAUUAGCAGUGUGGCUUCCUGUUCAAAUCUUUGGGCUCUUAUUAUGGAUGCUGGCACUGGCUUCAGUGCCCAAGUUUAUGAACUCUCUCCAUAUUUUCUGCAUAAGGAAUGGAUUAUGGAGCAGUGGGACAAGAAUUACUACAUCAGUGCAAUAGCAGGAGCAACCAAUGGAAGUUCUUUAGUUGUAAUGUCUAAAGGGACCCAGUACUUACAGCAGUCCUAUAAAGUCAGCGAAUCAUUUCCUUUCAAGUGGAUUAAUAAGAAAUGGAGGGAAGGAUUUCAUGUUACAGCAAUGGCAACUGCUGGGAGUAGAUGGGCUAUUGUUAUGUCCCGCGGUGCCGGAUUUUCUGACCAGGUUGUGGAACUAGAUUUUCUCUAUCCAAGUGAAGGCAUUCAUCGAAGGUGGGAUAAUGGUUACCGCAUCACGUCAACUGCAGCAACUUGGGAUCAGGCAGCUUUUGUCCUUAGUGUUCCAAGGAGAAAACCAGCAGAUGAAACUCAAGAGACGCUUCGGACUUCUGCUUUUCCUAGUACACAUGUUAAGGAGAAAUGGGGAAAGAACCUUUAUAUUGCAUCAAUUUGCUACGGUAGAACUGUCUCAUGAACAUGCAAGUAGAUGCCGCUGAUGGAAUUCUGAUAAUUCACCUUUAUGAGCCACAAGCCAGCUUUUACCAUGUAGUGCCUGUCCAGAAGCAAAAGAUCCUCUCACGGGAAAUUGAUUGGUCUUGGCAUUUUGGGAGUUGAUGUACGCUUAACUCUUCUUUAUUGCCACCAUAACAUAGCAUCUGUUACAAGUACAUGUGCACUGUCUUCAAUCUUUUGACCUUAUUAUAUAUCUCACUGGGAAGUUGUUUAUUCGCUCCCAUGGUGAAUUAGUUUGUAUAUUGCCGAGCAAUAAUUCCUUGGGUUGAAGGAAUGUGCACAAGUCAUGUUUUGAUUAUCAAUAGAAUAUGGGAACGUACAUCUA